AUGUCAACAUCCACCCCAGAUACCACUUCGGAUGUAUCUGUCUUUCAACCAUUACCGUUGUUUCCUGUCUGGUGCGACCUCCAGACGCCAUUCGACGAUGCGAUGCCUGAAAGCGAUCAUGAUUCGGUGAUUCCAGCCCAACUUUCGUACCUUGCCAUAUAUAACCCGACCCUCGGACCUACCGACGAGACGAUAGCGGACCAGAUCGUGUUCUAUACUUCGAAAUCGAGCUAUGCACGGCGCAUCGAUAGCUCCACGGUAGAAGGUGAAACAAAUAAAAGCCUCGAAGAUGAAGAGAAUGAGAGAUUGCGCCAGAUAGGUCUGGCGCAGGGGAUGGUCAACUUUGCUAGCAACUUCUCGGCUGGAAAGACACUGGAGUAUGUUGAAACAGACAAAGCACGGGUCGUUCUGCUUGAGCUGGAGAAGGACUGGUGGAUUGUUGCCUCUAUCGACCUGACUCGAAUACCCGCUGAGAGAUCCCCUGGAGCAUCCGACUCUCCGGCAUUUUACUAUUCUUCGCGAGAGAUGGGACCACCGCCUCUACUGAUCCAGCAAUUACGUCGCGCCCAUUCGGAAUUCCUCCUACACCAUGACUACAAUUUGGACGACAUCCUCCAUCAAGUCGGCAGGUCCACAUUUUGUUUGUUCCUGGAGCGUUUCUGGGAGAAAUUUGCGUGGAAUUGGGAACUUCUGUUGACCGGAAACCCAAUUAUCGAAAUCUACAAUGGCAUCAAACUCUCCGCGGGAGGAGAGUUGGGGAUCGGCGUCGGGGAGGAAGAGUGGGGCAGCGGGGAAAGAGAAGUACUUGAAGACUUUGUGACAAGGACAGACGGGUUGGUGGACUUGGUUGUCUCCAGGUUUGGUGAUCUAUCCUCACAGUUCGAGGAGUCUCCGGCUUUGACGGGGUCAAAUAACCAAAGUCGAUGGCUUGGGGCAGACAAUGAUCCUCAACCAUCCGAUGGUGUGGUAUUUACUGGUGUCGGUGCUCUUUCUCGGCACUCAUUGGUGCAUGUAUCACACUGGAUGGAAUGCAUUUAUCGGUUUGGCGAUGCUGCCGUGGAAGGCGAAUUUCAGAAGAUGCCCCUCGGCGUUCCACAUCGGAUCACGAUUUUAAGCCAGGUAUACCUCGUCCGCUGA